UCAUUGCCAUUGGUGAGCUCUCCCCAUUAUGGCGGAGAAUGGAUUGUCUCUUCUUUUCAAAUUCAUGUUUUGUGUCUUGAUGCUGGUAUUUUAACCCAGAAUAGAUUUCGUUUUUACUUAAAGCACACUUCGUUUUACUUCAACCACACUUCGUUUUAAGUCAUGGCAGACCGUGGCGUGGAUUUCUCUGGUAUACCGAAAGAGCUUCGAGACCAUUUGGCAGAGUUGGAAUUGGAGCUAUCGGAAGGUGACAUCACACAGAAGGGCUAUGAGAAGAAACGAGCCAGGCUGCUGGCCCCUUUCCUCCCUCAGAUCACCAGUGUGGAUCUGCCUCUCCCAGACGUCCAGCAGCAGUCGUCCUCCGGCCCUACCAGUGGUGAGCCCAGCCCUGCCAGCUCUGACCGUAGCCCUGCCAGUCCUGAGGCCUCUGGCCCCUCUUCUUCCUCUGGGGGCCGCAGAAACCGCAGCGGGGGGGCAAGGGAUGACCGCUACAGAUCAGAUAUCCACACGGAGGCGGUACAGGCAGCGUUGGCCAAACACAAGGAGGAGAAGAUGGCACUGCCCAUGCCCACCAAGCGCCGCUCAGCCUUCGUCCAGUCACCCGUAGACAACUGCACCCCUCCAGACACAUCGUCAGCGUCUGAGGACGAAGGCUCUUUGCGUCGCCAGGCGACUCUGAGUGCAGCGCUGGCCCAGAGUCUCCAGAGCCCAGACUACUGGAUCAACCGCUCAGUGCAGAGCUCCUCCACCUCCUCCUCCGCCUCCUCCACCCUGUCCCACGGGGAAAAUAAGACUCAGACGCAACCGCAGCCACAGCCCACCUCAGCACUGGCCGACAUACUGGCAAGCACACGCAUAGAGAACAGUGUCCCCCCAGAUGUGACGUCCUACACCCCUGAGAGGGGUUCAAGGGUGGACUCCAGGGUGGACCUGCCCCCCAAUGCUAUGACCAGGGGGAUGCCCCGAGGACAGAGCCGCACCAGCAUGCUGGAUACCACCGCUGACGGAAAGCGAAAAGGUGUGCCAGUGAACAGCCGUGUUUCCACUAAGAUCCAGCAGCUGCUGAACACUCUGAAGCGGCCCAAGAGACAAGCGCUCAGUGAGUUCUUCCUGGAUGACUCCGAGGAGAUCGUAGAGGUGCCCCAGCCGGACCCCAACACCCCCAGGCCAGAGGGCCGUCAGAUCAUCCCAGUGAAGGGGGAGCCCCUGGGGGUGGUCAGUAACUGGCCCCCGGCUCUUCAGGCAGCCCUGGCACGCUGGGGAGCCACACAGGCCAAGAGUCCCGCUCUCACCGCCCUAGACGUUACCGGGAAACCCCUCUACACGCUGACAUACGGUAAACUGUGGAGCCGCAGUCUGAAGCUGGCCUACACUCUGUUGAACAAACUGGGCACCAAGAACGAGCCUGUCCUGAGACCUGGAGAUAGGGUGGCGCUGGUGUACCCCAACAGUGACCCUGCUAUGUUCUGGGUGGCCUUCUAUGGCUGUCUCCUAGCAGAGGUCAUCCCUGUACCCAUAGAGGUGCCACUGUCUAGACAGGACGCAGGCAGUCUUCAGAUUGGCUUCCUAUUGGGCAGCUGUGGGGUAGGCCUGGCCCUGACUAGUGAGAUCUGUCUCAAAGGACUGCCCAAGACACCCCAGGGAGAGAUCAUGCAGUUCAAAGGUUGGCCCCGUAUGAAGUGGGUUGUGACAGACACCAAGUACCUGACCAAGCCCUCUAAAGACUGGCAGCCCCACAUCCCCACCGCCAACACAGACACAGCUUACAUCGAGUACAAGGCCAGUAAAGAGGGCACAGUGAUGGGAGUAGCCGUGUCUAAGAUAGCCUUGCUGACACACUGCCAGGCCCUGACACAGGCCUGCAACUACUGUGAAGGAGAAACGUUGGUCAACGUGCUAGAUUGUAAGAAGGACAUGGGUUUGUGGCACGGGGUGUUAACCAGUGUGAUGAACAGGAUCCACACCAUCACUGUACCCUACGCUGUCAUGAAGGCCUGUCCCAUGUCCUGGGUGCAGAGGGUCCACAUACACAAAGCACGUGUCGCCUUGGUGAAGUGUCGUGACCUCCACUGGGCUAUGAUGGCUCACAGGGACCAGAGAGACACCAACCUGUCCUCCAUACGCAUGCUCAUAGUAGCCGAUGGAGCCAACCCCUGGUCCGUGUCGUCGUGCGACGCCUUCCUCAACGUGUUCCAGUCUCACGGGUUAAAGCCGGAGGUCAUCUGCCCCUGUGCCUCCUCUCCUGAAGCCCUCACUGUGGCUAUCCGCAGGCCAGGUGCCCGUGGUGCAGCCCUCCCAGCCAGAGCCAUCCUGUCCAUGGGCGGUCUGAGUCACGGGGUCAUCAGGGUCAACACAGAGGAUAAAAACUCUGCCCUCACUGUACAGGACGUGGGCCAUGUCAUGCCUGGAGCUCUGAUGUGUAUCGUGAAGCCAGACGGCCCUCCUCAGCUCUGUAAGACAGAUGAGAUCGGAGAGAUAGUGUUGAACUCCAGGGCUGGCGGAACCAUGUACUACGGCCUACCUGGAGUCACCAAGAACACCUUCGAGGUGAUUCCCGUGAACCAGGCUGGAGCUCCGUUAGGAGAGAUCCUCUUCACUAGGACUGGCCUGCUGGGCUUUGUAGGGCCGGGCAGUCUGGUCUUUGUAGUGGGAAAGAACGAGGGGCUCCUGACGGUCAGUGGUAGACGGCACAAUGCUGAUGACCUGGUGGCCACCGCCCUGGCCGUGGAGCCUGUUAAAACUGUCUACAGGGGGAGGAUCGCUGUGUUCUCAGUGACCGUGUUCUAUGAUGAGAGGAUAGUGAUCGUAGCAGAGCAGAGGCCUGACGCCAGUGAAGAGGACAGCUUCCAGUGGAUGAGCCGAGUACUACAGGCCAUAGACAGUAUUCAUCAGGUGGGUUUGUACUGUCUGGCCCUGGUUCCGGCCAACACGUUACCCAAGACCCCGCUGGGAGGGAUCCACAUCUCUGAGACCAAACAGAACUUCCUAGAGGGGAACCUGCACCCCUGUAACAUCCUCCUCUGUCCACACACCUGCGUCACCAACCUGCCCAAACCACGACAGAAACAGCCAGUUGGUGUGGGCCCGGCCUCUAUCAUGGUUGGUAACCUGGUAGCGGGGAAGAGGAUGGCCCAGGCUGCAGGCAGAGAGCUGGGAGCGCUGGAGGAAGAGGGCCUGGUCAGGAAGCACCAGUUUCUGUCUGAAGCCUUACAGUGGAGAGCCCAGACCGACCCUGACCACGUCCUCUAUGUGCUGCUCAACGCUAAGGGGGUUGCGGUGUGCACGGCCACAUGUAGUCAGCUGCAUAAGAGAGCAGAGAAGAUAACCUCAGCCCUGAUGGAGAGAGGAGGCCUCAACACUGGAGACAACGUAGUGCUGCUAUACCCUCCUGGCAUUGAUCUGAUAGCUGCCUUCUAUGGCUGUCUGUACGCGGGGGUGAUCCCUGUAACAGUGCGGCCCCCUCACCCCCAGAACCUGGCUGCUACCCUGCCCACCGUCCGCAUGAUCAUCGACGUGAGUAAAGCAGCCUGUAUCCUAACCACCCAGCCCCUUAUGAGGAUCCUCCGGUCCAGAGAGGCUGCUGCCAGCGUCAACGUCAAGACCUGGCCCACUAUCAUAGACACAGACGACCUCCCCAGGAGGCGGCCCCCCCAGCUCUACAAGCCCCCCACAGCAGAGAUGCUGGCCUACCUGGACUUCAGUGUGUCCACCACAGGCAUGCUGACCGGGGUCAAGAUGUCCCACUCGGCGGUCAGUACUCUGUGUCGCUCCAUCAAGCUACAGUGUGAGCUCUACUCCUCGCGCCAAAUAGCCAUCUGUCUGGACCCCUACUGCGGCCUGGGCUUUGUACAGUGGUGCCUCUCCAGUGUCUACUCAGGUCACCAGUCCAUCCUGAUCCCUCCUAUGGAGUUGGAGCUGUCCUUGCCUCUGUGGCUGAGCACCCUGAGCCAGUACAAGAUCAGAGACACCUUCUGUUCCUACUCUGUCAUGGAGCUCUGCACCAAGGGCCUGGGAACGCAGACUGACGCACUCAAGGCACGGGGUGUGAAUCUGUCGUGUGUGAGGAGCUGUGUGGUGAUAGCAGAGGAGCGUCCCCGGCUGGCACUGACCCAGUCCUUCUCCAAGCUGUUUAAAGACCUGGGUCUCUCCCCCCGCGCGGUCAGCACAGCCUUCGGAUCUAGGGUCAACCUAGCCAUCUGCCUACAGGGAACUGCUGGACCAGACCCCUCCACCGUCUAUGUAGACAUGAAGUCCCUCCGCCAUGACAGGGUGAGGUUGGUGGAGCGAGGUGCCCCCCAGAGUCUUUCACUCAUGGAGUCAGGCACUAUUCUUCCAGGGGUGAGGGUGAUCAUCGUGAACCCGGAGACCAGGGGACCGCUGGGGGAUUCCCAUCUUGGAGAGAUCUGGGUUCAGAGUCCCCACAGUUCCAGUGGCUACUACACCAUCUAUGGAGAGGAGAGCUUGCAGGCGGACCACUUCAACACGCGGCUGAGCUUCGGGGAGCCCCACACCCUGUGGGCCAGGACGGGAUACCUGGGCUUUGUCAAGAGGACCGAGCUACUGGGGUCCACCGGAGAUCGGCAUGACGCCCUGUUUGUGGUUGGCCAGUUGGAUGAGACGUUGGAGCUCAGGGGGCUUCGCUACCACCCCAUCGACAUCGAGACCUCUGUGUCCCGGGCACACCGCAGCAUCGCUGAGAGUGCUGUGUUCACAUGGACCAACCUCCUGGUGGUAGUGGCUGAGCUGGCCGGGUCGGAGCAGGAGGCCCUGGACUUGGUGCCUCUGGUGACCAAUGUAGUUCUGGAGGAGCACCACCUGAUCGUGGGCGUGGUGGUCGUCGUGGACCCGGGUGUCAUCCCCAUCAACUCCCGGGGAGAGAAGCAGAGGAUGCACCUCCGGGACUCGUUCCUGGCCGACCAGCUGGACCCCAUCUACGUGGCCUAUAACAUGUGAGAUGUGAGGAGGAGGGCCAAGCCCCAGACACACUGGGGUGAAGGCUGACUAUGGGGGUCCACUGGGGUGAAGGCUGACUAUGGGGGUCCACUGGGGUGAAGGCUGACUAUGGGGGUCCACUGGGGUGAAGGCUGGCUAUGUGGGUCCACUGGAGUGAAGGCUGACUAUGGGGGUCCACUGGGGUGGCUGGCUAUGGGGGUCCACUGGAGUGAAGGCUGGCAAUGGGGGUCCACUGGGGUGGCUGGCUAUGGGGGUCCACUGGAGUGAAGGCUGGAUAUGGGGGUCCACUGGGGUGGAGGCGAGGGUGUGUAGAGGCUCUAAGAAUGAGUUGGACAGAGAGAGAGGCGGGGGUGUGGGAUGGACUGCUCCUCCUGAGAAUGGACCUCUCACAUUCACUCAUCUGUCAGUGGGACAGCGUGGCAGUGGUGAAUGGGCUUGGACUUAGUUUAGCCACCCUGUUACAGUGUCUUCUGCCUAAGUGCGUGCUCUCGCCAGAGUCUACUAUGUUUAUUGAGUUUUUCGGUGGGAGUGAAGCUACAGCAUGUCCGUUUGCAUGAGGUUGAGCUGCUUCCUACUGGUGCUUAUCCAACCACUCCCCACCUCUCUCUGACAGAGGAGGAAUAGGAUUGGUUACUUCUUUUUGAUUGAUAUUUAGGUCCACCUGUCAAGGAGACGUUUGCCAAUCUUUGCCAUCCACUGUCUCUCCCCUCUUCUCUCCCGACUGCUCCGAUCAAUGAUUUUAUCCCCAGAAAUAAUGAUUUUUGUGCAUCUUGUUUUACAAAGGAAGACAAAAACUGUAGAGAUUUGUUUAUCGUCUCAAUCCAUUCCAUGGUUUGUUUUUAGUUCAGCCUGUACCUUGCUCUCUCCUUUCUCCUGGGGGAUCCACAGUCCGUCAUGUUUGUCAGGAUGGGACCGUGGAGCCAAUGAGACGAGCUGGAAGCCCCCCCCCAUGCACUUUAACCUUUCCUUGUCCUUCCAUAAUCUGUCCUGUCUCUCCUAGCCUGGUCUCAGAUCUGUUUGUGCUGUCUUGCCAACUCCUCAUGUGACAAUGACCGUGCAAACAGAUCUGAGACCAGGCUUGGUGUGUGUCCCAAAUGGCACCCUAUUCCCUAUAUAGUGCAUAUGUGUCUCCUGGGUAGUCGAUGUGAAACUGACUUCCUCUAACCACCAUUUUUCAUGAUACAAUUCAGAUCAACAACUAUUCAAACAAUACAAUACCGCCAGCAAGUACAGCUCACUUCAGGCCAAUGGAUGCCUGCACCUCUAUAGCUGCACUUACAUUCCGAGCUGCGAUCGAUCGGUCAUCUUACGUUUCUGUCCCACACAUCUCUAGGUUUGUUUUAACGGCUCACUGCUAUGUUACAAGCUUUCAGACUUGCUGGAAGAAAUCACUUUUAAAACCCACUUUGAAUUGGUAUGGAUCGAAAAAGGAUGUGCAACAAACAUAUCAGCAGCAAACGGAAACAACAACAGUCCUUGGAUGUAUGAGCGGGAAUGACAGUGAUCUUAUCGAUCAUGUAAAGAAAAGGAACUCCUGUUUAACUGUAACGCUAUUCAAUGGGCUUGCGGUUAUAUGUCUGUGCAGCCACAAGACAAGGUAAACUAGUGUAGAUAUUUACCUUUAAACAUCUGUAUUCACUAUAGUGCACCAUACAGUAAUGAAUUGUAAAUAAUCAUUAUUCAAAUAUCAAGCAAACACAAUACCGGUAAUAUGGAACAAUAAGAUUGUCUUCUGAUGAUCUUAUUGGCUGAUAUCACGGAGGCUCCUAUACCGAGUCACUAUAUCUUACCUUGAAUAAGUAUCAGUCAGUCAGUCGACUGCUAGCCUCCGUCACAGGCGUUCAACAAGCGAAGCCUGGCGUCCAAGGCUAGUCAAUUGCUAAGCUUGUUUCUUCGUUCUGUACUGUCCAUUGAGCCACAAAGGGCAUCUUCAACUCUGACUAACUUCACGAGGCUACAUCGGGGUUAUCAGGAGACUGCUGCCCUGUGCCUUUCUGUUGUGUUAACAUGAAACGUAAGAUCUUCAUAAAUCAACGACUUGGUGUAUUACCAAAACAGUUUGCAGUGGGUAUAAGAUGAGAACAAAUUCUUGCCUUAUAAAACCUGUGGAACUUUUAACAUUUCUGUUUUGAUUUGUCAAAGGCUUUCAUUUUAUUGCUGUGCUUGUGAUGAAUAGAAAAGGGAUUGCAGAGGGUAAGGUUGAGAUGUUGACUGUAUAGCAUAGUGUAUAUUUUAGAGGUCAAAAACUGUAUAACUGGUGUUACUGUGUACAUUGACAUGAUGAACUUAUUCUUUACGUUGAUAAAACUUGACUGAUCUUUCAUACUUGACAGCCAAUUUCUGCAUUACUGACAUAAAAAUAGGCUAAGUAACAAAUUGCAAAAUUCAAAAAAGUAUCUUAUGGUUUGGCAGGUGGUAACAAUUUGCACUUUCCCAUAUCAUAACUGUGUGUGUGUAUGAUCGUAUGGUUUAAAUGGUGACAUUGUUUGUCUUUUCCUUGUGCAAAAAAAGUUUCAUUGCCCUUUUUAAUUAAAUGAACAUCAAAAUAUUGAACAAUAUUUUAGUUCCAGAUUGGCUUUUUUUUAAUGUCAAAUUCACUGUACUACAAUUUUUAUCAGUUGAUAAACCACUUUUUUUUUAUCCAAAUGAGACAUUAUUGAUUUAAAUGUAAUUCUAAUGGUUUUUCAUGCAAGUUAUGUUCUCUUUCUCAUGAACUCUUCUUUCAACGACCCUACAUUAACAGCACAACUCUGUUGCAAAACAAAAGCCUUGUUUGAUUUGGAAGUAGUUUAGACUACUUGAAUGACAGACAAACAUUGUAAUUUAUAAGUCCAUCUCUUGAGUGAAGUUGAAAUUGAAUGGUUCAUAAAUAAAUGUAUUGAACUUGGA